AUGUCAGAUAUCAAGACGUAUCGCAAACAAAUGUCACAAACAAGAAACGGUAGCACCGAAUUUAUGGCCAAUAGUCAAGGCUUGCAACGCACAGACGCGUCCUAUAUUCACCUCAGCAGAGAACAGCAGCAGCUACGAGAAGAAAUUGCCCGACUCAGACAAGAAGAGCAGCAGCUGUGCGAAAAAGACGUCUGGGUCAAGAAAAACAUUGUUGCCAUACCAUAA